AAGAUGGUGACUAUUCUUAAUUUUUUAAAGAUGGUGCCUCCCACAUGAAUAGAACCAGGUUUUUCAAAGAUGGUUCCUCCCACAUGAAUAUACUAUUCUUAAUUUUUUAGUGGCUCAGGGACGCAGAAAAAAGCAAAUGAAAAACUCUUCCAACAUUUCGGAACCACCUCGAAACGGAAGUCAACUUGUAUUGAUCAUGCAAAGCGAAGAGGGAAAUGAAGCAGCAGACGGUUCUUCUUCAGCUCCAAAGCAAAGCUCAAUGGAGUCUCCCAACAGAUUGCCAGCUGAAAUUUCCAAUGAGACUCAAACUACCAGAAAGUCAUUCAAUCGGCCGUCACUUAUCUCCAAACCCAAGUCCAGAAAGUCGUUCAACAGGUCAGUUCUCUCCAAGCCCAAGUCCAGAUUUGGGGAACCGUCAGUGCCCAUUGACUCUGAUUUGUUUGAAGAGAGCAAUAGUGUGGAAAAUUCACCUCCUAAUAGUAAUAUGGGUUCAUUCAAUAGGGCCAAUAAUAAUUCCCCUGAUUUUAGAACUGUCUCCAUCAGCUCUGCAUGGAACCCAGUAAUGGCGUCUCCAGGCAGGGCCAAAGCCAAAGAGGAGGACGAAAAGUUUUACAAGGUGAUCAGGGUAUUGAUUGAGUGGACUGUUUUCUUGUGCAUUUUGGGUGUUUUAGUGGCUAGCUUGACUGUCGAGAAACUCGAGAAGCUUAAGGUUUGGGGGUUGGAGUUUUGGAAAUGGUGUGUGCUUAUGAUGGUAGUAUUCGGUGGCACGCUGCUCACAUAUUGGUUCACGCAUUUCGUAGUCCUUUUCACCAAGAGGAACAUACUGCUCAGGAAAAAGCUGUUGUACUAUGUUUAUGGAGUGAAGAAGAGUGUUCAGGUUUUCAUGUGGUUGUCUUUGGUUCUUCUAACGUGGUUACUAUUGUUCAAUCCUAGUCGUCAUGAGAUUAAGCGAUCAAAGACUGGUACCAAGAUUUUGAAAUAUGUUACUUGGACUCUUGCUUCGGCUGUUAUUGGGGCAUUUCUGUGGUUGUUGAAAACUCUGUUGUUUAAAAUCGUAGCACUUAAGUUCCAUCUGCGCCACACCUACUUUGAUAGAGUUCAAGAGUCGAUCUUCCAUCAGUACAUUCUUCAGACACUUUCAGGGCAUCCAGUUAUAGAGGAAGCCAAGAGGAUCGGGAGAUCACCGAGCACUGGCCAACUGAGUAUCAUAAGCACCAGGAAGGUCAUUGAUGUAGGAAAGCUUCAAAAGAUGAAGCAGGUUUCGGCUUCUACCAUGGAGGUGUUGGUGGAUGCACUUUCAAGUUCAGCAGGGCUAUCCACUUUCUCUUAUACGUUGGAUCGAGACAGAGGACUUAAACAGAAAGAAAUGCAGAUUGUCAAUGAGAUUCAAGCAAUUGCUGCUGCCUCCCAUAUUUUUACCAAUGUUGCUCAGCGUGAUUACGAGUACAUUGAGGAGGACGACCUCAGGAGGUUCAUGAUUAAUGAAGACGUGGAACUUGUGUUUCGAUUGAUUGAUGUCGGAGAGAUGGGAAAAAUUGACAAAAGAGCUCUAACAGAUUGGGUGGUCAAGGUCUACAAUGGUCGCAAAGCAUUAGAUCAUGCUCUAACUGACACCAAAGCAGCUGUAAAGCAAUUGAACGAAAUUGUGACCGGCAUCCUGAUUGUUAUUAUCAUUGUUGUGUGGCUUAUAUUAAUGGAAGUUGCAACCACGAAAGUACUUGUUUUCAUCUCAUCACAGCUCGUAUUGGCAGCCUUUAUCUUUGGAAACACUUGCAAGAACAUAUUUGAAGCCAUCGUAUUUGUCUUUGUAAUGCAUCCAUUUGAUGUUGGUGAUCGCUGUCUUGUUGAUGGUGUUCCGCUGAGGGUUGAGGAGAUGAACAUCCUUACCACAGUUUUCUUGAAACUAAAUAAUGAGAGGGUAUAUUAUCCAAACUCAGUUUUAUCAACAAAGACCAUUAGCAAUUAUUAUAGAAGUUCAGACAUGGGAGAUACCGUGGAUUUCUCAAUCGAUUUAAUUCCAGUUGACAGAAUUAACCUGCUGAAAGCGAGAAUAAAGAGUUAUUUGGAGAGUAACCCGCAGUAUUGGCACCCAGAUCACAAUGUGGUGGUGAUUGAGAUUGAAAAUGUGAAUAAGUUAAAGAUGGCACUCUAUUUUAAUCACACUAUGAACUUUCAAGAAUUUAGGGAAAUAAAUAAGCGGAGAUCUGAGCUGGUGAUUGCAUUGAUGAGAAUAUUUGAAGAGCUAAACAUCGUAUACAAUCUGCUUCCUCACGAUGUCAGCGUGGCCUAAGGAGCUCAAGGGUCCAAAGUAAACUUGUCUGGGAUUGAUGAGGUCUUACUAUACUCAUUGGUAUUUUAGAUUAUGUUUGAUGCGAGUUAAUAUCGACUUAUCUAGCCUUCUCUGUAUGUAAAUUUGUUGUGGCCUGUUGUAGUAAGUUCCAUCCGCAAUUCUGCAGUUCUUGAUAUGAUAUAUUACCUUCAAGAGAGGACUUCCCAAGGGAUUACUUACAGAACUCCCUUUUCAAUGAGUAAUAUUAGGUGAACUACUUUUUUUA